AUGCCUUUGGGGAAAAAGGUUCGCUCUUCUUCAGCUUCAGGAAGAUUAGAGACUCAACAUGUACACAGCAUCCUCUCAGAACUGAGUGGUUUAGAGGAGAGGACAAGAAACACAUCUGGGCUGGGAUAUCAGGAUGAGAAAGCAGAUGAUUCUUCAGUACCAAGACAACUGACUGACAGCGCGGAUGGAAAAGAACAGCCUGACUGGUUGGUGAAAGAGCUGCUCAAACAGAGCAGACGGAGACACUCUGUCACACUCGGAGAUAAUGAGAAAAUCACGAGACAGCAAUAUCACCUCAUCAAUUCAACUUACAACCUCAAGAUUGAUGAGAAAAUAUCACUUCAGACCCUUGAGAAACUGAAACUAGCAUUUGAGGAAUUUGAAUCAGGUGGAUUGAGAUACAUUGAUGUGGCCAAAUUUGGACCUAUGAUGAAGAAGUGUUUGGAUUUACCUAAUGCAACCUACAUGGAGAUUCAAGGGUUAUUUAAGAAGAUUGAUUAUUUAGGCAAAGGGACGAUUUCAUGGGGUGAGUUCUGCACAUACAUGCUGCAGCAGUAUAAAGGGCAGGAGGAAACUGCAAGACGCAACCACCAGGUGGCCUUCAUUCUGCCAGCCACCAUGAAUACCUUUAAUCAUGGGAUUCCUAUUGUCAACAUCCAGUCUACUCAUGAUGGCACCAUCGUAACAGUGCGAGAAGACGGGUGUGCUUGCCACUGGAGUCCUGAACUUAAACCCCAGAAGACCAAACACCUGUUUAAUGAAGAUCCAACAAAUACAAAGUCAAAAUGGGCAAGUGACUUUGCUCUGAUGAGCGAGUACAACAAGCUCAUAAUCGGGACAGGGGACAGAGAGCUCCAGCUUUAUAACCUUUUCUCUCUGGAGCCUUAUUGUCAGAUCAGUGAACUAGAAACAAUACCCCUGACAGUGGACUACAGCUACAAUGGCCAGGAUAAAUGCUGUGUUCUGUAUGGAGACUCUGAAGGAUGUGUGACUAUUAUUUUAAUAUCCUCUGCUGGAGAUACCUUCAGGUUAUGGAAUAAACUGCCAAAGACUGAAACUAUACCUAACAUAUCAAUUAACCAUGCAGUUCUUUCUCCAAACCUGGCUUUUAUUAGAUGGAAGGUUCAUCAUGACUGGGUGACACAGAUUAAAUAUUUUCAUAGUCUUCAGGUUGUUGUCUCCUCAUCAAAUGAAGAAUCUUCUUCUCUUGUUAUAGGCUGCCUGCUGCCUUUAACAGAUGCUGAGCAACAGCUGAGUGAAAUUAAAGAGACCUGUUAUGAAGGUAAAUCCAAGAAGAUCCAGCUGAGUUGGACACCACAGGUCCGGGCAUCAUGUGAUCAGACUGUCUUUAGCAUCUACAAAGGUGUCAGGACCUUUGACCUUUGUCAGAAGCACAGAUUGCUGAUUACUGGAGGCAUGGAUAAACUUAUUCGCCUGUGGAAUCCACAUUAUUCUGGAAAACCAACUGGUAUUUUGAAAGGCCACUCUGCUCCUAUCAUCUCCAUCCGCAUCUCCUCAGAAGACAAUCAAAUCUUCUCUGUGUCAACAGACUGCACUGUGAAAAUUUGGCAUCUUCAGGAUCAGUGUUGCCUGUUUACAGCAGACCCCAAAGCAAGCCGGAUUCAUGGUGAUAUUUCUGCAUGCGCAUAUUCCCCUGCAAUGAAGUCUCUGUAUAUUGCAGCGGACUAUAUGACUAUGCUCCCUCUGAAGUUAAGGCAGCGGCUUCACCGUCACUUCACUGUUUCUCACAAUGAGCCUGUUUUGUGCUGCGGUUACAGUAAGGAGUUUCGUCAGGUAGUCAGCUGCACUGAAGGAUCUGUUGUGAGAGUCUGGGAUUUUGACACUGGGUGUCAACUUUUUGAGUUUGGUGGCUCUCGCGAACUGUCUUCUAUCACUUGUUUGACAUUUGAUCCCAAAGGGAGAAGACUCGUCACUGGUGGUAGAGAUGGAUCUUUAAAAAUCUGGAACUUCAACAAUGGUCUAUGCCUGAAGACAUUAAAGAAAUGUCUCCCUGUAGAUGGUGAAUGUCGUGAGGUGUGCGACUGCAUCUUUCUCCAAGUCCACAGGAAUUUCUAUGUGAUGUCAGCGGGAAGGGACCGGAAGAUUGACAUUUACCCAGACAUACCUGAGGAUCUUCAUCAUGUCCAGAGGCCACAGGCUUCAUGGCAGGAUGAUCUGAAAAAUGGCCAUAAGGAUGACAUCCUUUGUGUGGCACAGUGUCCCCCAUCUUUUGUGGCCACUGGCAGCUCUGAUGGCGAGAUUAUAGUGUGGAACGUGGAUUCUGGACGUAUACAGUGUCGGUUUGUUAGUCCCAUUGUACCUGAACAGCAAGAUGUUAAAGGUCUGGAUACAAGUGUUCCAAGCAUAGUUUUCCUGAAGGAUUCCUAUUUAAAAGAGCUUUCCUCAACUACAGCUCUCCUGUCAUCUGGGGCCGAAGGCUGUGUAAAUCUCUGGAAUGUGCUCGGCAGAGGAAAGUUUGUUAGCAGCUUCAAAGCUUCCAAAUUUCAACAAAAGAUAACAAAACUGGCCAAAGCAGAGAAGGAUGUUCUGCUGUACAUGGCUGACAGAAUUGGUUACAUCUAUGUCUACAGCAUGGCAAAGCUAGACCCUGAGAAGAAAUCACUAAGAGCUGAAACCUUUUGGCGCGCCCACACCAACACAGUUACUGGCCUGCACGUUGUUGACAAUGAUCAAGUGGUGCUUACCUCAUCCACUGACUACACGGUGCGUCUUUGGAGUGCACAAGGAGAAUUCAUAGGCACCUUUGGGCAGGCUGAGAGCUGGAGCAUUCACAUUUCUUCAUCUUGGAUUCAUCCUGGUGUCCCCUUUGAGGUUCUGACUGAUCCACUGAGUAUGCCAGAUCAUGAAAUUUUGAAUGUAAAAACAGGUCUAUCUCAUGCAAUCAAUCCCGACAUGACUGAGGAGGAUAGAGGGGAACUAAAGGUGAACUGCAUUAUUUCACAAAAACUUACCUGAGCGGUGCAAGAUACAGUAUCCGCCUUUUUCACUUCCCCUGCAAAAAUGAAAAAGAAAAAUGAUGCAAAUUUUGCUGAAAGGAAUAGAAGGCUGGGUGUUACAGAGUUAUAUUCUUAUGGCAAAGACUACUGUACAUAUGCAAUGCAAGUCUUAACUCAGUCUCAGCUGAAAAAAGUGGGAGAUUUAAAUUUAGAGCAAGUGUGUCUUCUUUUGCAUUUCAGACGUUGCGAUGAAAUUGUCAGGCAUACUAACAAGCUAUCGAACCACUCCACUCUGAAAUGCUUUGAUGCUGUGGCACCACCACACACCAGUGAACCACCUCACCUCUCCCUCGCUUCUAUUGAUCCUAUCAUAAGCAGCACUGAUGAACUGAGUCAACGGGGAAAAAAAAUGAAACUGUAUUGACCAGUAUUGGGAAACUGGGUCAUUGCAGCAUCUAAUACUUUUAAAGACGGAACAUGGAAAAUACAGUAGAAUGAAAUAAUAUCAAACAAUUAGGCCUCAUGUAAUCAUAUACAGUUGACUCUCUCAUCAGGAAAAUCAAACCAAGUUCAUUAAACCAACAAAGACAGCACGAGUUCACCCAAAAGGAGAUUUAUAUAAUUUAUGGAAGAUGUGAAGCUGUUCAUAUUCAGGAGGACACUAGGUCACCUGCUGUUACAAAAAUUAGUUCUGCUCUCAUUUCUAUUUUGAAACACUUUUGAUCACAUCGCUGACAUAAAGCAAAGUAGGAAGGAACACUGCUGAAUUUUGACACUCAUGACUUUAAACUGUUAAGAUGACAUUUUCUUCCGCGUCACUGAGUAAACAAAUUUUGAUUGAUUGAUUGAUUGAUAUUGAUUUACUUUGUGUUGAACAAACAGAAAAAGAAACAUGCUAAAUUUUAUUUUUAUAGCCUAGUCGAAUAUUAAAGCAAAGCAUUUCAUUCUUUCAAAGGAUGAUUAUUUUUCAAAUCUCUGUACUUUAUCAUUAGUAUCUAAAUUCAUAAGAACAGAUCCCACACACACCUGUAUUUAUCUGAGAGAAGUGACAAAGCAACAGGGAAUGAUCACCUGACAUUUCUCUUUACAACAUCUUAUAGCUCAUACUUUUAGUUACAACCUAAAACGUUAUUGUUUUCACUUCCACUGUUUUUACUCUUACAUCAUGAGUCAUGAGUUACUCAGAGUCACCAAAAUAUAAUUGGUUAGUAAAUAUUUAAAUGUACGAGAGUAUGCGAAAACAUGAAUUCAUUAAUAUUGUUCUUUAUUUCUUUUUGUUGUUUGGUUGAGAAUUUAACAUUUUUGGGGAAAAAACACAGAAUCAUAGGAAAAAAAUGUGAUUUCAAUGAGCAGAACU